GUGCACAGCGGCGGGAGUUCGAUCACAGCUCGUCGCAGAUAGACGUUUUCCGAUGGGACAUCCAUCAUCAGAUUUGGGUAGAUCUGAAGUACCCAUUACGCUUGAAAACUUGGAACUGCCUUCUGAAAUCCUGGGGACCGGAUCCUUUGCCUUCAACCGCGAACGACAACUUCCAAGUAGAGACGUUGAAAAUCCUUCUGAUUAUGUGGUCUCGCAGGAUCAUAGCCCCUUACCACGAGACUUUGCUUGUCUAAUCGCUCAUCAGGGAAGACUAUUUGUUUUCGGUGGCCGAAGUGAAUGUUCCGAUCGGAGCGGAUACGAUGUGUACGACUCAGCUAUCUGGGAGUUGGUGCCGAUAUGUGUGAAGCGAGAUAAUUGGACCAACAUGGACAGUACUCUUGAUGUUCCGGAUGACUUUUCUACUUCAUUUUCACCCUCGGAAUGUAAAAGUUGCACGACGCAACGUCUUGCUGAGGCGAGUGCGUAUGGCGAUCUGCUGAAAAUGGCUUGGGAAGAGGAAACAGGUAACUGGGCCAGUCCGGAAUCUUGGGCCGUUUCCCCACCCCGUCCCUGUUGUUUGUGGAGGCUUUUCUGUCCUGUUGACAAGGGCUCGAUGGAACAGUUUCAAGAAAGGAGAAACAACCGUAGUCGACACCUCAGCUCUACCAGUGUGUCAUCUUCCCGUUGGGCAACUGGAAGGGCUACCUGGGUGCGGUUACAUCCUGGACACGGUCUUCAGCUUCCAGACCAUUUGUUGCCACGCCUAUUUGAAUCUGCUGCACACCAAAGGAGUACCAAGAGUCUUUCAUCCCUGUCGUCACCCUACGGUCGCAGGAGUCUUUCAUCUUGGGCUUUCCAAGGUCAGCUGUAUAUUGGUUUCGGCACUGUACGUUGUCAGACCCGUGAAUCAUGGCAGCUACACUACCAUGAUAUUUGGCGGUUCGACUUAGCCGACAAAACCUGGUCCGUAGUUGAGACACUGGAAUGCACCGAUCGAAUACACCUGCCUUCUGCACGUCGACGGGCGGUGGCCAGUCUGUACAUACCACGGCCAUCCAGAUCUAUUCUUGCCGAUGAAUAUUCCGCAUUCCGUCCACAAGUCUUUCUGUUUGGUGGCACUCAGCCUCGUCUCCUGUACAAAACGGUUGCAACCGAUGUUGGAAGUUUAUUCCGUCGUAAUGCCGGCGUACGUCAGCAUACCACACGACAAUUCGCAGUUUCAGAACCGAUUAGUCAAAACCGCAUGUUACAUCUUGUUGAUGGUGACACAGUCUCGUUGUCCAUGUAUCCCUCGGGCGUUCCAAAGACGUCUGUUGGUUCCAACGACCAUAUCUCUUGUCCGAUCGUGAUCCUCGUGGUUGGUUAUCCACGUCCUCAAACUUCUGAAUACUCGGACACGCUGUUUCAUCUCUUCUUAGUCCUUCCGUCCACAUCUGCUUCCAUUAUGGCCAACUCAUCCACUCUAGGCUGCAACUACCCUGCCACAUCAUUGAUCAUUUGCGUGAUAGGUUGGUCGGAUUUGACUGUCUUAUUCUCCCGAACAAAUGUUGAACCUACCCCCACCGUAUUCGACUCCCAUGGCCUCCUAGAUCGGUUGUUAUGCAAUGCGGACACCGAUUCCGGAAUAGAUCGGGUCCAGAUCUAUAAUGCGCUUCGUUGUUCUUGGCUGACUUUUGAAAAAUGUUCCAUGCAAACUUCUCCCGAAAGGAAUACGGACGAUGGACAUCGUCUGCGAAUGUUGGUCAUUCGGUCACCGGAGACGUCGGCCACACUUGUGUUAGAAGCGGAUCCACAAACAAGACGAACUGCAUCAAGUUCAAGAGGUGAUUCCUGCCUGUUGUUGCGUCAGUCCUACAAACUUUACAUCAGUGGUCUGGUUUACCCUGACUUGUCAGACUGCGUCCGAACCUCCGAGUGGUGCAUGAUAGCCCCAUGGGUUACCUCGGUGCUAGUGAGUUCUGUCAGUCUGCUCAUACAGUCCAUGGACCAGAUAGUAAACCUUGGAGGUGAUUUGUCGUCCUAUGAGCCACUGAUUUCCAAACGAUCGUUGCUCUCUGUCACCGGUCAUUUCGAUGCCCAGCUCUGGAUUGAUUCAGCUCAGUUGACACUUCCAACCCCGCCGUCGUCCAUUCGCUCAUUCCCAAUAGUGGUCCCACAAGAGCUAGACAAAGAACCACCAUCAAUGGCACUUUUCCUGCAGCGGGUGUUGCCACAGCUGCGCGAUGUAUUGGAGUCAGGUUUCUCUGUUGUUUCUCCAAUUUCUUUCCCACGGUCCACACAGCCCCCAUCUUUGGGAACCGAACAACUGGAUAGCCAGGCUCUGAGGAAAGCUCGGAGGCCCAGUCUUCACGAAGUCGUGAUCAAUCUGCCGUCUACCUCCCUCGGUCAGCGCGAACCGAUCAGUGCGGACGGUUGCCCAUACUCCCGUUUUAUGUGUUCAUUUCUCAACCAAAGCCAUCAGCAGAUUCACGCGAACGAUAUGGACGACCACUCAGAUGACUCAGUGGACAAUCCACCCGAUUCUAUUCUCCUUUCCAACGAGAGCGACUCGGAUUCUGAGAACGAUCUCUCAUGUGAAUCUGUUAUGAUCGAAACGGUUGGAUCUCUGGUGAAAGGAAAAGAAAAAUUGUUCGAGUUAGCCGACUUUUAUGUAAUGCGGCUAAAUACAACUUUGUACGACCUAUGUCUGCGACGUAUGCGCUCUCUGGACCGGAGUACAAUACCCAUGCUUUCCGAACUACCCAGGAAGAUCAUCUACGAUCUUUAUAGCGUUGCUCCGCCCUCUUCUACGUCCGAUUUUCCUGAACGAUAGGGGAUCUUCAACAAACUACCCUGUCCACACAAGGUUUCAAAAGCAUUCGGCAUACAAGCUCAGUUUGUCCAACAGCUCCGGAUUUUCCAUCUAAACUCAAUUAUCUGCGACACGUUUUGACGAAUUGACGCCUUCCAUCGCCUAACUCUCCAACGUUGUAAAUAUGUCUAUCGCUUUCUUUUAUUCUCAUGUACUUCUCGUUUCCAAAAAUCGCGAUGUGGGUAAUGUUGGCGGAAUUUCAAACGGUUAUUUUCUUUUUCCCAUCUACACAGGCUAUCAAGCGCGAUAUGUCCCUAUGAGUUGCCUGUGUGGUUAUGGGUGUGGUGAAGGGUUGUAUUACUUAGCUUUGUGUGUUGCCGCCAUUCGAGUAUGUUCCCUAUUCCAGCUGAAACAUUUACCGUGAGCCUUAUAGUGGUGUUCACGCCACACCUUCCUCGUUCUUAUUUUGAUUGUUCACGUUUUUCAGAACUUGUACGCGUCGGUGUGUGUACAAACUCCCGACAAAUAUUGACGGAAGCUCCGAAUGACGGUGCAGUUAUCCACUAAUGUUCUCAUACUUGUGUUGAUAUCAUUGAUACUGAUAAGGAUGGUUGAUCAAAA